CAGUAGUCAGUGAAGGCAAGUAAAUAUUAUUUUUUUUUUAGUUAUUUUGUUGGAGUUCACCGCCAAUUUUACUGAUUGUUUAUAAAACAUUGAGAUUAAUCAUCAAGAUAACUGUUAAGUAAUUAAGUGUGUUAAUUUUCCAUUAAAAAGUUUUAAUCCAAGAAAGUUGUUACAGUCUUUGAAUUUAGUAUUCGGUCAUUGUUCAAUUCUAGCUUGAGGAAUAAAUAAUCUUCGCUAAAUGGCCUCCUUCAACGGAAAUGAAUAUGAUUAUAAUAAAAAAGGGCAAAUUCAGAUAAUUUUUGGCCCAAUGUUCUCUGGGAAGACUACAGAGCUGAUUCGCCGUCUCAAGCGUUACAGGUUUGCCAACUACCGCUGCAUGAUCAUUCGAUAUGCCAAUGAUCUACGGUACUCAUGUACAGACGUGUCCACACAUGACAGACAGAAAUUGCCAGCCACAAGUGCUACACAACUGUCUCCCCUUGAGCCAGAGAUGGAUGAGAUCGACGUCAUCGGUAUCGAUGAAGGUCAAUUUUUUCCAGACACUGUAGACUUUUGUGAGCGAAUGGCCAACAGUGGAAAGAUUGUUGUGGUGGCAGCACUGGAUGGGACGUACCAGCGGCAAGGCUUCGGGAAUAUCCUGAACCUGGUGCCUCUAGCUGAGAACGUCAUCAAACUUACCGCUGUGUGUAUGUCAUGCUUCAAUGAGGCGUCCUUCACCAAGCGAUUAGGGGCUGAGAAGGAGGUGGAGAUAAUAGGAGGUGAGGAGAAGUAUAUGGCAGUCUGUCGUGAGUGUUUCCAAUUGGAAAGCCCGUGAAGAGAUCACCGUUCAAGCAACCGUCUGAUGUGCAUGUAAACCAGACUGAUAGUUGUAAAAGAGAACUUGCUUUUUAAACCCCUAUAAUUGAAAUGUAGAAAUGAAAUCAUGAUCAACACAGUUAAAAGCUCUGUUCAGGUAACAAAAUGUGGUUCAGAGCAUGUUUUUAAAAUCCAACAAACAUUCCUCACUAUUGAUCCAUCACAUCUGUAUGCCUCUCCUUAACCCAAAUUGAUUUAUUAAUGACAAUAUUCUUUCUUGAAAUAUGCUAAUUAUAUUCAUAUCAUAAAUGUGAAAGUUUUUGAAGAUGUUUAUGGGCUUAGAUGUCUGGAUUUUUAUACUCAACCAUGCAAACCUAGAGGACAGUUUUUGGGUGAAAUUUGGCAUAAACAUUGCUUAGGUUUAAAAGUAAAAUUUAGACAAAUUUUUAUUCCAAAAUACCAACCAUCAAGUUUCUAAAUUAUAAUUUAUUUACUGUAAUGAAAGGCAAAGUUGUUUUCUGCUGAUCGAGUAAUGAAUGCAAUAUGCCAUGCAGUGUAUCAAAAUUUUGUAUUGAUACAAAAAAAUACAAGCUGCCUUAGUUUGAUACAAAUAGCAGACAGUAAUAUUAUCAAACUUUUAUUACAGAUAAUAGCAGUAACGAAUGCAAACCAUUGAAUUUAUUCUGGAUGUUAUUUAAUUAAACAUUGUUAUUAAAAUCAAUUUAAUGAACAAGAUUGUGAGUAUAUGGAAGACACUUGCACACAACUUUCUUUGACAUUAAAGGAUGAUAUAUUUCUGGGCACUAACCAAUGAACCAUCCGUUCUGUAACUGCAAUUACAGGAAACAAGCGAGUAGGCUACAGUGAGCUCAUAGCCAUUGCAAAUGCAAUUACAAAGCAAUGUACAAGACACAAAGUGCUAUUUUUUCUGGCA